AUGGACACUCCUCACAUUCAGUUCAACGACAUUCCUGUCUAUAAUAUUUCCAUCUAUCCCAAUUCCAAUAAUAAUAACAACAACAAUGGCCAAUCAACAGGUCAAGUAAAUCCCACAAACUUGUAUGUACCAUCGGGUUCAGCAACCACCACAACAACCAAUAACAACCACAUGACGGUACAAGCCCAAUAUCUACCCUCUCAAAAUUAUGAACUUUCAAGUUCCAACAACACAAUCGGUAACUCGGGAUCUGGAAUCAACUAUCCACCCACUCAAUACAACAUUGCUCUAGGAGGAACGAUGGGAGCUCAAUAUUUACCCAAUCAACCACAACAACAACAAACAAAUACCAACUAUGGAAAACCACCAAGUUAUGAGGAUGAAGAAGAUAUGGCAGUGAAUGAACACUCUCUCCCUCCAGAAAACAAUAAUGAACUUGUCACCACCUCUCAACAAGUGAAUCUUCAAAUGAAUCAACAGCAGCAACCUUCUAGACAACUUCAUCCUGCCACUCAAGUGGCAAUGGGAGAAGACAACGAACAAGAUCCUCUCGAAAAACAUCGUGAUUUGUUCGGGUUAGGUUUUGUGAAGGACACAACCAAACACCUGAAAGAAACGACAAUUUGGGAGUCUGGAUUUUUUGGACUGAAUAUUUUCACAACCACGGCUCAAAAGAAGAAGAAAUUGCAAGAAAUCUCCGAAAUGAAUAGAGUGGAAAGUACAGACAUUUUAGGAAAAGAUCAUCUUCAACAUCACACGAAGCAUCGCAAAAAGUACACAGUGAUGAGAACUGCAAGAGGUCAACCUUAUCUACUCAAGACCGGCCUUGAUAUUGACGAAGUUAAGGAAGUUCAGAACGAAUUCAGUCAAAUAAGAUUGCCUUUUUGUUGCUCUUGGAAAACUUUAGAAGAUCACUAUGGUCUUGGAGUUCGAUUGUAUUUUGACUUUGGUCGUUUGGUGAUUGUUUUGAAUUCCAUUUUACUAUUUUUCCAAUUGAUCAAUUUUAUUCCGCAUCUCAUCAUUGACUCUAUCUAUAUCCAAAAAUUUACAAACUUUUUCAAAGGAGAAUUUUCAAAUUAUGGCGGCUUGAUUGAUAUCUUGUAUGGCAGUAGUUACGACCCCAACUUAUAUGUUUUAUGGAUUGUUACAUCAUCAUUGAGUAUUAUAGCGACACUCCUAUUUGGACCUGUUUAUUGGCUUGUGGUUCGACGUUCCUUCCAAAAAAGAGACGUGUACGAUAUGGAGGAAGCUGACAUGGCUCUAGCUUUUGAUGCUGACGCAGAUAUCAUCAAGGAAAAUGUAGGGACACCAACAUUGCAUCGAGUUGGUCGAUAUUUUGUCAGUUAUUCGAUCUUUGUUGGAUUUUUGAUUCUUUCCUGCGCAAUUACUAUUGGUUUUACAAUUCUUCAAAAUUUUACAACUAUUUAUGAAGCUGCUGACUCUGUAUUUUCACAGAAUACAGGUUACUUGACCCUAAUUUCUAUUGGCAUUUCUUGCGUGGUCAACAUUGUGAACUUUAUUUGGAAACAGAUCUGUAUUUAUUUGACCAAUUUCGAAAAGCACAAAACAUGGAGUGGAUACAGAACACACAACACAAUGAAAUAUUUAUUUUUCAAGCUAUUCAACGUGUUCUUGAUGGGUUUCACAAAGGGUUUAUUCAACGUUCCAUGCGUGAUUCGUACAUUGGGAAAUCAGUACUUGAUUCAAAUGAUUUUGGACUUUUUUGUAUUUAAUGCGAUUGAACUCAUUCUGCCCUAUAUUGAAUACUAUAUAAAGAAGAAGAGAAAUAAGGGAAGUGAUGAAAACGUAAGACCUGACUUUGACGUCUCUGAGGAAUACUUGGAACUCAUUUACAGACAAUACAUUAUUUAUUGUGGCAUGACAAGUUUCCCAAUGAUCACUUUAAUUGCAUUCGUAGCCUCUAUUUUGGAACUGUAUUUGGACAAGUGGAGAUUACUUAAACUCUGCAAGAAACCUCCAAUGAUCAACGGAAGUGUAAAGACUGUAGUGAGCUUUUUCCUUAUCGUCACGGCCAUUCUUCCAAUGAUUAACUGGGGAGGAGGCAAUAUUUAUCCAAUGGUUGGUGUUUAUUGGUGCAACACGCCAAACAAUUUGGAGUGUGAACCAUGUAGAGUGUUGAAUGGUAAUGAAUAUUACAUUACAAACUUUGUGAACAAGUUGUAUGGAUACAGUUAA